AUGGCCCUCGUCAACGUGGACACCUCACAGCAGGUGCCCCCUGCUGAAUCGGUUCUGAAGACUCCCGACGUGCUGGUCACCCCAUGCGAUCCAUGGCCUGCGCCGUAUUAUAUGGAACGUGGACUCCGUCGGGUUCGUCCGUAUCACUACACCUACAAUACCAACUGCAAGGAAAGAUGGCGGGGUAAACGACUCGAGGAUAUUUUUACCUCUGAGUUCCGGGAUCGCGCCCCGGAGUACUACAGAGCUGCUUUGGAUAAGGGCUUGAUCUGCGUCAAUGGCAAACCGGCAGGCCGUGACACCGUCAUCAAGAAUGGCCAAGUCGUCUCGCACACUACGCACCGCCACGAACCUGCCGUGACCAGCGCCCCUAUCGGGAUCAUCCACGAAGAUGACGAUCUGAUUGUCAUCGACAAGCCAGCCGGUGUGCCUGUUCACGCCGCUGGUCGAUACCACUACAAUUCAAUCGUCGAGAUUCUUCGCGCGGAACGCGGCCAUGACUGGAUUCCCCGGCCUUGUAAUCGGCUGGACCGUCUGACCUCGGGAAUCAUGUUCAUUGGCAAACAUCCCAAGGGCGCGGAGAAGAUGGCGGGUGCGUUGCAGGCACGUACGGUGCAAAAGGAGUAUGUGGCUCGAGUCAAGGGCAGAUUCCCCGACGGGGUGAUUGUCUGUGAUCAGCCCAUCAUGCAAGUUAGCCCGAAGCUGGGUCUGAAUCGUGUGCGAGCAACGGGCAAGUCGGCCACGACCAAGUUCCGCAGACUCGCGUAUUACCCUCCCCAGGCGGCGCUGGCAUCUGCCGAGAAGCAUGACAGCGCCGCCGCCGCCGGUGAUCGUGCCGACGAUGGCUACAGUAUCGUCCACUGUUUCCCCCUGACGGGUCGCACACAUCAGAUUCGUGUCCACCUCCAGUUCCUGGGCCACCCGAUCACCAACGAUCCCAUCUACUCGAAUCGGCGCGUAUUCGGACCCGAACUGGGUCGCAACGAAACCAGCGGGGACCGCGAUGAUGAGAUCAUGGAACGACUGCACCGCAUGGGCAAGACCGAGGUCGCCGAUACAGUCUCCUACCGGACUCAUCUGACUGCGGCGCCAAACGUCCCACCAGGCACUGAUCCGGCCAUUCUGGCCGAUAUCAUGGCCCGAGAGCAACAGGCGGCCUCCGACGAAUACGAAAAGCGCAAGGGUGAGCGUCUCUCGGGGAAAUUCUGCGACGUCUGCCAAACAGAGCUCUACACAGACCCGGGUCCCCACGAACUCGGCAUCUUCUUGCAUGCAGUCGCUUACGCCGACCGGAAUGGAAACUGGGGUUAUCGCAGUCCAAUGCCGUCCUGGGGUCUUCCUCCCCCGGGGUGCGAGGGACCCCGUGAAGUCCCCGACUGGGUACCCGUCCCGGAGAACGAGGAGAUCAUAUACGGUCACGGCACUGUGCCCCCUGAAAUUGGCGUCGACGAAGAUGAAACAUCUUUGGCAAAGCCAAUGUCCAACACGGUGCUCCUGACCGGUGUGGGUACCUUGGACUUUUCGGACCCGAGCUAUGGCUUGGCUGCUGCUGCUGCUUCUAAGCAAGGGGAGCCGGAGACCUCAAGACCGGCCAAUCCUUGA